AUGCUGGCGCGCCAAGUACGCUCCCAGAAGCGCUCGCUGCAGCAUGCGGCGGCCGCCGUGCCACGCGCGUCUUCGAUGCUUCAUACGCGCUUCCUGUCGGCUCCGGUCUCCACCGAGGACCAUGAGGACGACGAGGAGGCAAUGAGUAGCGGCGAGCCUACGGGCUCUGAGAACGACACGCUCGACACGUAUUUGACGACGCUCAAGAAGUACAACCCGCCCAUCAAGACGGGUCUCAAGGGCCUCAACAUCAUCCACGACCCUCUUUACAACAAGGGCACAGGCUUCCCUCACGUCGAGCGCGACCGCCUCGGUCUGCGUGGCCUGGUGCCACCGCGUCGCCUGAAGGUGGAAGCGCAGCUUACCAAGCUGUACGACACUUUUUGUCAGGAGAAGGACCCGCUUGGCAAGAGCCGCUUCCUCACAGACUUGCACGACCGUAACGAGACGUUGUUCUUCCGUCUUCUGAUCAAGCACAUGAAGGAAAUGGCUCCCAUCGUGUACACGCCCACUGUCGGCGUUGUGUGUCAGAAGUUUGGUCACCUCUUCCGUCGUCCGCGUGGUAUGUUCUUCAGCACACGCGACCGUAGUCAGUUCGGCGCCAUGGUGCACAACUGGCCGUGCGACGACGUGGAAGUGAUCGUGGUCACAGACGGUAGCCGUAUCCUUGGUCUCGGCGACCUUGGCGCCAACGGCAUGGGUAUCCCUAUCGGAAAGCUGGCACUUUACACUGCUGCUGGAGGUAUUGACCCGCGUAAGGUCCUCCCGGUGAUGCUGGACACGGGAACCAACAACAAGAAGCUCCUCGAGGACCCGUACUACCUCGGUGUGCAGCAGCCACGCCUCACCGGUGAAGCGUUCUGGUCCAUGGUGGACGAGUUCAUGCGCGCUGUGCGUCAUCGCUGGCCCAAGGUGCUCGUACAGUUCGAGGAUUUUUCUAGCGAACACGCAGCAGACGUUUUGAACGCGUACCGUCUGAAGCAACUCUGCUUUAACGAUGACAUCCAAGGCACGGGUGCUACAGUGCUGGCUGGCGCCCUGAGUGCUUGCAAGCGUGUCAAGAUCCCGCUCAAGGACCAGCGCAUUGUGAUUCUUGGUGCUGGUAGUGCUGGUCUGGGUGUGGCCACCACGUUGCUCCAGGGUAUGCUACGUGAGGGUAUGACGACCGAGGAGGCUCGUGAGCGCUUCUACAUCCUCGACCAGCAUGGUCUACUGGGCGAAACUCGCGAGUCUUUGAACGCCGGCCAGCAGUUCUUCUCUCGCAAAUAUAUAGCGGACAAGACGAGUCUUGUGGACGUAAUCAAGCAGGUCAAGCCCACGAUGCUCAUGGGUCUAAGUGCUGCCGCUGGUGCCUUUACAAAGGAAGCUGUGGAAGAGAUGGCUAAGCACACGGAACACCCGAUUGUAUUCCCGCUAUCGAACCCCACGUCUGUGGCCGAGUGUACGGCCGAACAGGCCUACGAAUGGACUAAGGGCAAGUGCGUGUUCGCUAGUGGCAGUCCGUUCGACCCUGUCGUUUACAACGGCGCGCAGUACAACAUCAGCCAGUGCAACAACAUGUUCAUCUUCCCGGGUGUGGGUCUUGCAGCGUCGGUGAUCCAGGCUAACCGCGUGACGGACGGCAUGCUCUACGCUGCUGCUAAGGCGCUGUCGCAGUGUAUGACUCCGGAGGAGAUUGCGAACGGCCAGGUGUUCCCGUCUGUGGAGAACAUUCGUGAUGUGUCGCUCAAGGUGGCUACUGCGGUCUGUGAGACUGCUAUCGAGGAAGACGUGGCCGGUUUCCGGCCGACGAUCCGUCGCGGCGGAACCCUGGAGGACUUUGUCGCUUCGAAGAUGUACUACCCGACGUACCACGCGCUGGUCGAGUAA